AUGAAGGACUCCUUAUUUGAAGUUCGCGGUAUUGCGCCUGAUGGAGCUGCACUGCCUGUUAGCUCGACCGAUACGACAUGCGAAGACGGACUCCCUACCCAAGUUGGGGACGUUGAUACCGAUCUGUCCCACCAAUCGCUCAACAGCACAGCAGCAUCUUCGGAAGGUCUCACAGCGGUUCUCGUUGAUCAGCUCGAUGGCCUCGUUCAGCGUGUUCACCUGCAGGCAGACCAGCACCGGCCCAAACAGCUCCUCCUGAUAACACUGCAUAUACGGCUCGACAUUGGUCAAUAUCGUCGGCCCAACAAAGUUCCCGUGCGGGUACCCCUCGACAUAGCAAUCCCUCCCAUCCAGCACGACGUGCGCGCCAUCCUGCUCCGCCUCGUUAAUCACACCGACCACCCUCUCCUUGGCCGCGGCCGAGAUGAGGGGGCCCAUGCCCACCGCCGGGUCCGCGCCGUUGCCCACGACGAGCGAGCCGGCGAUCUCAGUCAGCUCGGCGAGCCACUCGCUCGAGGAACCCACAAAGACGACGACGCUCAGCGCCAUACACCGCUGGCCAGAGGCGCCGAACGCGCUGCCCGCAAUGGCGUAGAGCGUCGACCGCUUGGCGGCGUCGGGGAGAACGACGGCGUGGUUCUUGCCGCCGCACUCGACCUGGACGCGCUUGCGGCCGCGCUCGACCUCGUUCUCGGCAUCCUGGGUCGUCUUGCCGAUCUCGGUGACGAGGCAGUGGACGAUGCGGGCGUGGUGGGCCUGGAUGGCGUGGACGAGGUCGAGGAGUUUGAGGCGGCGGUGCUGGAAGGGGAUGGCGGCCCAGUGAGGCUGGGCGACGGCGGCGGCGGCGACGGCCUGCUGGACCUCGAGGACGGUGGACUCGGGGACGCGGGUGAGGAAGGACUGGGUGGAGGGGUCGUAGGUCUUUGUCCAGACGCGGGUCUUGGACUGGAUCAGGGCAUUGUUGAUGAAGUUGUGGGCGAUGGGGAUGAUGCCGUCGACCUGCGGGGGAGGGUUGGAGGUGGAGAUGGACUGGCUGCGGUGGUGGUGAUUCUGGUUCUGGUGGUUAUUCUGGUAUUGAUAUUGCGAGGAGGAGGAGUGGUGGUGGCCUUGGGAGGAGGGCGAGUGUGA